AUGACUGUCGACAAGGCUUCCACCUGCUGCGGCAAGAGCGCCGAGUGCGUCUGUGGUAUGUACUCCUUGCCUACUUCACCCUUCGUCUCCAACCUCGAGAACCUUUCCUCUAUGCGUCAACAGCAGCUCGUCCUUCUUCUGGGAGAUAUCUACACCCACUUUCGCUCGCAACACAACUAUCAGAAUAAUUACAAGCUGACUGACCUCUCCUCUCGUUCAGCCCAGCAAGCCAAGUGCUCCUGUGGCCAGCAGUCCGCCCUUCACUGCACCUGCAGCAAGGCCUCCACAGAGAACUCCGUCGCCGGCCCGCGUUGCUCGUGCCGAGCUCGCCCGGCUGGUGAGUGCACUUGCGACCGCGCUUCUACCGAGAACACCAAGCCCGCCGGUGAAACCUGCGCUUGCGGCGUCCGCCCAGCCAACGCCUGUACUUGUGAUAAGGCCUCCGAUGGAUCUUUCAACCCGAGCGAGCACGAGACCGACUUCACGACCCGCCGAUGA